GAGAGCACAGCGGGAGAGAAGGAAGGAGGACUGUAAACUCCGCCUCCGGACUCGAUCAUUUCACAUUCCUUAUUCACAGCCCCUCACGUUAGAGAAUAUAGAGAAAGGGAGAAGAAGGGCACAAGAAGAAGGAGAGCAAAACGACAAUGGCAAUAAUCAAAACGUCUGAGCUUGACAUAUCCGAUCAUAGCGCAUCUGCAACGUCGACUUGGGCAUGGAGCACUCGCGCCAUACACAGAGCUCAGCUGAAUGACGUUACACCUGGUUUGAGGGCAAAAUGAGGGUCAUCUUCAUCCAGAACGCCGGUUUCGUCGCUGCUUUCUCGGGAGGCAAUGACGCUGACGGUUUCGCCUGUUAGUUGUGAGUUAACGAUGUUGGCAGCAUUUUUACGGUAGAUUAUGUGAACGGCCUAGAAUAAACGAAAGACUAUGAGAUAAUAAUGCCAGUAUAGGCUACUACACGGAUAACGAGAAUAGAAUAGCCCGAUGUUUAAAUAACCUAAAUAUUUUUUUUUCUUUCUGGAUUGCAAAAUUUUGAGCACCAUUGUUCAUACCCGAGGAGACAUACAAUCGAAAGUGGAUUCAGCUUCCGACAUGCAUUCGUCUGUCGAAUUCUGAAUACAUAUUUAGAGGACUGUAGCCCUAGAAUAUACCUUCAUAGUAAAACAUGUAUAAUAUGCAUUGCAUUAUGUAUCAGGCGCGUAAAGACAGGUGAUGUCACAUGUCUCCUUUAUAACCUUUUGCUUUUUUAUUUAAUCGUAUAAUAAUGACUCACUCUUAUAAGCCGACAAAGGAAUGACUAGGUGUGGAGAGAAUUCUUUGAUCAGAAAAGAAUGAACAAAGGGAGUGAUCAUUAGACAAUCGGAAUAAUUUCUAUGUUUAUUACUAUAAUAUUUACGCAUUAUUCCUUGUAAUUUAUUUUAUUUAUUACGACUAUUAUUAGGCCUAUAAUAAGUAUAACUAUAGUAUAAAUAUUUGUAACAAAUAGCUUAGUUUAAGAUAUUUAACCGUGGGAAGUUAGUUUGAAUACUUCCCUAGAGAUGGAAACAGCUUGUCUCUCGGCCCACCGAGGGCUGACCCGUCCUGAGGCCAAACAACCCCCCACCGCAGUGGGUAAACCAUCUAGGGGUGACCUGUCCCCUCCAUCGCUACCUGCCGGUCAUUCAAUGGCAGAAAGCGAUGGCAGCGGGAGAAAUUCAGGCUUCAAGAAACACCACCACAAGCAUAACCUGAAACACCGCUACGAAUUGCUCGAGACUCUCGGAAGAGGGACCUAUGGCAAAGUCAAGAAGGCAAUUGAACGACACUCCGGCAGAGAGGUGGCUAUCAAGUCCAUCCGGAAGGAGAAGAUCAAGGAUGAGCAGGACAUGGUUCAUAUCCGCAGGGAGAUAGAGAUCAUGUCAUCCCUGAAACACCCCCACAUCAUCUCUAUUUAUGAAGUGUUUGAGAACAAGGACAAGAUCGUGAUCGUGAUGGAGUACGCCAAAGGCGAGCUGUACGACUACAUCAGUGAGCGCGGCCUGAGCGAGAGAGAGACACGACACUUUAGACAGAUAGUCUCUGCUGUGCACCACUGUCAUAAGAACGGCGUGGUGCACAGGGAUCUGAAGCUGGAAAAUGUGCUACUGGAUGAAAACUGUAACAUUAAGAUUGCUGACUUUGGGCUAUCCAACCUCUACCAUAAGGACAAACUGCUGCAGACGUUUUGUGGCAGCCCGCUCUACGCAUCACCGGAGAUAGUCAACGGAAGACCCUACCACGGCCCAGAGGUGGACAGCUGGGCUCUAGGGGUGCUGCUGUACACCCUGGUCUAUGGGACCAUGCCGUUCGAUGGAGGAGACCACAAGAACCUCAUCCGCCAGAUCAGCAAUGGAGAGUACAGAGAGCCCACCCAGUCCUCAGAUGCCCGCGGUCUGAUCCGUUGGAUGAUGAUGGUGAACCCAGAGCGGCGGGCCACGGUGGAAGACAUCGCCAACCACUGGUGGGUCAACUGGGGCUGGAAGAGCAGCGUGUGCGACUGUGAGACACAGCGGGACAGCGGCACCUCCUCUCCCAUGCUGGCCCGCUUCAUUGACUGGCAGAACCGCACCGAGCCCCGGCCGGGAAAACCCACCACCCUGCUGCCCCUGCUCCUCCGCCAGCGUCCCAAGAAGUCCAAGAAGGAGAAUGAAGUGGGGGAUGGACCCCACGGUGGAGGGGAGGGGGACAAGCCAGGGCUGAAGAGGCCCAAGGGGAUUCUCAAGACCAGGGUGACGGAGGAGCAGCGCUCGCCCAGCCUGGAGGAGGUGGAGCUGGGGAGUGGUGGAGCGAUGAUGGGGCUCAGGCCAGCCAAGGGAGAAGGAAGCUGCUCUAGCCCCGAUAGAGAGGAGGAGGAGGAGGAGGAGGAGGAGGAGGAGGAGCCUGCCCUGGCAGGGGGCUCGCCAGCUAAGAUGGUGCCCACCCUCCCCAAGAAGGGCAUCCUGAAGAACAACCAACAACGGGAAUCAGGGUACUACUCCUCCCCGGAGCGCAGCGAGUCCUCCGAGCUGCUAGGGGGCGCCACCAUGUCCCUGGUCACCGCCUGCAGCUCCCCUCCUAGGAGAGUGGUGGGGAGGAAGGGCAUCUUGAAGCGCAACGGGAAGUAUUCCACCUACAGCGGUCCUCCCUCAGCUGGUGCUCUCGGGGAGCCUUCCUCGGGGGUUGACUCAGGCCUGUCCCGUAGCCAGAGCCGUCCGUCCAGCAUGGUGUUGGAGGACGACGUCGUGUCCCCCAGACUGUCCCCUGACUGGCCCCCCACCGCCCCACACCGCCCCAACAUCAGGGCCUGCGUGUCAGCCGAAAACCUGCUGCAACUGGCCAGCUUCAAGGGCUUCCAGGCGGCCCCACCGCUCCACGGGUCAAAGUUCAGCCGGACCCCCAGAGAGCUGGGGUCCCCGGGGGACAACGGCAGCUUCUCCCUGCUGGGGGACCUGGACGACAUGACUCAGGUGUACCAGCAAGCUCUGGACAUCAGCAGCAACCUCACCUAGCCGGGGAGGGCCCGGGGGGGAAGAGAAGAGGCAGCCAGCUGGCCAGGCUGAGGCUAUAACAUCUGUCUCUGUUGGUGUGUAUGUACAUGAAUGUGUAUGUCAUUGACAACCAUUGUCCAGUGUGUGGCUGGGAUAGCCUGCCUACACUUUUUGGGAGGUUAUCAUUUUCUUACCAGGAAUUGAAUCCUUGUUAGAAACUAUAUCAUACACACACUCAGACAUACACUAUUAUGCACUUCUCAGUCAAAGGAAAUUCAGUUAGCAGAGUUUUCAAACGAUGUAGAGCGAAAAACCACUGGCACGAGAGAAUGCCACCCAGCCUGCCUCCUCCAUCCGCCCGUAGACUUUGCUGUAUUCAAAUGUUUACAUAUUCAGCAAAAGGCAAGUUAGAAUCACAAUUGCAGCAACCAGAAACUGGUUGGCUCUCGAAGCGAGCCAUGAAUUGAGUUGGAGUUUAAAAAAGCACCUUAAAACUCACACAGAGCACAUGUUUUUGUGAUCUUUUACUUCCWGUAAAAAACAAACCAGGGUCUUGCUCCAUAAUAACUGACAAUGUUAAUUAUUUAUUCAUACUUGUGUAGAUUUUAGUUGAAUAGAAAACUGGUGGGUUCUGGCAGUACUGGAAGAGUCCAAAGCUCAUUGUCUCCAACCCUUUGUGUGGAUUGACAUAUAUAAUUAUUAUGUUACCCAUUAAAAUGAAACAUGUAUACAUGAUAUAUUAAUAUGGCCGCAUAUGUAAAACAUGCAGCUAUGUAUAUCACCAUAAAAGCGCAUGUCCUAUACAUUAGCAUAUGGUAUUAGGGAAUAUGUAGGAAGUGCCUUUUAGAUCCAUAUAAAAUUAUGUAUGUCAUUUCCUGAAAGUGGAGAGAGAUGGUUGCCAGGCCAACCUGUAACCAGUUGUGCUGUUUUGAUUCAUAUACAUGUGAAUGUGGUGAGAGAGACCCAGGACUUUAAUGGAACCCACAGCAGCCUAUAGCCUUACACAGUCACAGGUCAGGGGCCACACAGACCUGAAACAGCAGUCUAUAGCCUUACACAGUCACAGGUCAGGGGUCACACAGCGGCCUAUAGCCUUACACAGUCACAGGUCAGGGGCCACACAGACCUAAAACAGCAGUCUAUAGCCUUACACAGUCACAGGUCAGGGGCCACACAGACCUAAAACAGCAGUCUAUAGCCUUACACAGUCACAGGUCAGGGGCCACACAGACCUAAAACAGCAGUCCCGUCUCCAUCCCCCAUUAAACACUGUCAGGAACAAGAACCAAGCCCAGAGAGAUGACCAGCCUUUUCGUGCAGUGCUUGCUUGUUUUUUUGUUCCCCCAUAGAUGUGUCAGCAGUUUGGGGAUUUGGUUUAAACACACGGCCUGGCCAGGCGAGCUGGAGGGGUCUGGAGCUGCUCACCUUAGUGAAGGUAGAUGGCUCAGAUGCCCUCUCAUAGCCCUGGAAUGUCCUUGGCAAAUAAACAGCCAUGUCUGUGGUUGUUUUGUCUGUCUGUUUAUAGUGCUGGAGUUGCCUCUGGUUUGAGGACUUCUCUCUCAAUUGGCAUAACUUGGCUACAGAGUCAUACCCGCUGGAAAUGGCAAAGAAACCCUACACUCUUAGAAAAAAGGUUUCCAAAUUGGUUCUUCAGCUGUCCCCAUAGGAUAAACUUUUUUGUCUCUAUGUAGAACCUUUUUUGGCUCUAAGUAGAACCCUUUUGGAACUGAAAAGGGCUCUUCAAAGGGUUCUCCUAUGGGGACAGCCGAAGAACCCUUUUAGGUUCUAGAUAGCACCGUUUAUUUUUUCUAAGAGUGUACAUGUCAUGUGUAGACCCACACAAUGCUCAGGUUGAUAUUUGUGGAUGUUAUAGCCUAGUUAAUUUUUAACCCAGGCGCCCCCUCCCACUCCACAAAGGGCUAAGCAGGAGGAUUUGUUUCAGUGCUCUGAUGACACAGCACAUUCCACAGACAAUGGCUGGAGACGUGUUGGUGCGGGAGAUGUUAUCGGCACCUGGCAGGGGGGGUUCUGUGGUGUGUGUGCUGUCAGGCCUCCAGCUGUGUGUACAGGGCAAUUAUGUCAACUUAGCAUAAUUAGCCAGCUAUUGUUUCUAUUAGAGGAAAGUAGCGUGUAGCAGAGAGGAAAAUGAUGGUGGAGUGAAAGUGAGAGGUAGAGUGUAGUAGAGGUUUGAGUGGGGAACAAGUGUUGGAGGGAAACAGAAAUGUUCCUGGWGAUGAUGAGAUUUGAGAGGCCUUUCCUGUUGGAAAGGGCGAAAGAGUUGAAGGAAACAGAUAUGUAGACUAGUGAAAGUGACAUAGAGAAAGUGAGUUUGAGUAAAAAGAAAGGAAAUUGAACUUWAAAAAAWWAAAUAAUAAUUUAAACCAAAGAUGAGAAGAAGCUUCAAUGAUUCAGGGGAUGAAAUGGAUUGGGUACUGUAUGUGCCCCUGGAACUUUUAACCAUAGAUGGGAAACCCCAUAUGAAAAUGAAUUCAUUUUACAACAAUAAUAGUCUGGCAGGCGUUUGUUAUAUUUGUACUUCAGUGUUAAGAAAUUGUUUUAAGCCAAACGCUAGAGGCUGUUAAAGCAAGUUGUGUCAUAGGCUGAGUGUGUUCUGUGGAAUGUGUUUGUGUGGCGUGUUUAGAAUGGCCUUAGUGUGCAACACCUUUUCAACCCUGGGAUGGGGCGUCAGAUCUGUGACUGAUACUUCCGAUAUAUUAUCAGAACAUGUGUAUGGGAAACUAUAGCAACCCCCAAGCAGCAGAAUGAACAUGCUGAAUGUUGUCAAAGGUCCGCUGGUGCAAAGUCCUGGGUAAUGAUUGAAACGACAGACCCCUUCUGUAUUAUAUUGCAUUUUAUUGCCCUUUGUAUUGCCUUUUAUUGUCAACUGGAUUUACAGUGAUAAAAUUAUACUAUGUUAGUAUUUUGUUUCAUUACGCUUCUGUUUUUGAUUCUCCAAAAUAUAGAAACUUUAUAUUGCUUUAUGUUAUGGCAGAAAGUAUUUCUUCCCUGAGUUUGGCCGUAAGAGAUCAGAGGACUGAUCUGACAUCAGUGGGAUCUGCAUAUUUCCUCUGUUUUGGUACACCUGAGGGGUGAGAGCAGCUGACCUAAGUUCAGUCAUGUUGCGGUGCUGUACCUGUGAACUGACAUCACCUAGAUAGAGAACCAACUGUGUUAUAGAGCCUGGUGACCCAACCACAGAGAACAGGGCCUUGUACAUUUGUACACUUCCAAAGAAAGAGGUGCCCAUUGACACCCCCCAAAGGGGAAAUCCAUGGCCUCUUAUUAUGACCGUGACCUCUCUAAAAUGCUAACACAUAGCAUAACACAGGGAUAAACACAUACUUGUAGGUGCCAUCACAUUGACAACCACUUGUUUGACCCCAAACAAGUCAUGGUAAGACUCCAUCUGUACCAAAGCAGGGAAUUCCUAAACUAAGGGAGUGAUAUCAGGAAAAACAAAGGAAAGAAUCUGAUUAAACUCUAUCUGCCAAACUGGAAUUAACUGGUGCAUAUCCGUUAGUAGCAGAAAGUCUAAUCAUAGGAAAACUUGACUGGAUAAUGGUAUUAAGACAAUAAUAAUAAUAGUAUUAUUAUGUUAUUUAAGUAUUAUUUUUGUUACGGCUCAUUCUUUUUCUUGGCUGUUGCCAUGGUUCUGAUUUUGAUUUGGUAUCAGUUGGUGAACCUGGACUGCCAAGGUGGUUUAAGUUCAAUGCCCUUUCUAUCUUUUAUGAUCCAGGUAUUUCUUUGUUGAUAAUGCUAAUUAUUAUCAAGGUGUUUUUUAUACUUGUAUUUAUUGGUGAUUAAGCCAUUUCAUUUGAUGUAUAAAGCUACUCUGUCCAUGCUUUGGCCUGCUUGGGGAUGUGUUCACAACGUAAAUGGAGAGAUAUCAUUGUCUGGGAUACAGCCUUAAGGGAGUGAUGAUGUCUCAUUUCAUUGUGAAAGCAUUGGUCGAGUAUGUGUUCUGGGAGUUACAAUCUGAUUUCAUCAUAUAUGAAUAAGUCUUAAGACAUUUUCUGGUGAGGAACCAAACUUCAUGUGUCCCUCUGCUACAAACCGUCUACUGUAGUACUGUACCAACUCAAAUAAAUGGAUCACGUCAAAGAA